AUGACGAGAUCUGAGCACCAAUCGGAUUCAGGCAAGUUUAUAACCCUGAUCUACCUAAGGUGUUUCAAUUUCCACUUACAAUUAUAUUUCAACAAGAAUGAGAAGAAGAACAAGAAGUCUGGAUCUUCCACCACCUCUAAACAACCAUCCACUCAUGUUCUGAAAAUUCCUGAAAUUAUGAAAGCAACGAAAGACUUGGAUGAAUCGUUACUGAUGCGGAGGGGAAGGUUCGGGGAUGUUUACUAUGGUGAACUUUUGCAUGGAUCAAUUCUUGUCCCUACUGCCAUCAAACGAUAUACGAGACGCGGGCCAACGGAUUCUUGGCCGGACGUUGAAAAGCAAGAUCUUUACGCUUUGCGACACCCGAAUUUGGUGUCCUUGAUUGGUUACCGUGAUGAUGACCGCUAUGAGAAAGAAACCAUUCUUGUGUAUGAAUAUAUUUCGAGUAGAAAAUCUCUUAAUGAUCACCUUCAUGUGCUCAGUACCCCUCUUCCCUAG